GGGUCACAGCAGCAGGAUGUUGGUGCCCAGCACGGUGGUCCGCAGCGGGGGGCUGCUCUCGGGCGCCCGCCUGGGCUGCCAGGUCCGGGAGGAGGACGUGGGGCGGCACGAGAGCUUCAGCGCCGAGUGGCUGGACCUGGAGCUCAGCACCCGGCCCGAGGAGGGGUGGUGCCGGCGGGAGGUGGACGCGCAGCGCCGGGAGACGCUGGAGCAGCGCGGGGAGACGCGGGUGCUGGAGCAGCGCUCGCCCUGGGGGCUCCUGCGGGUGGGGGUCCUGGGGCAGCCCCUGGCCCAGCACCUCCUGCCCUACGCCCGCACCCUCCCCCUGCCCCUCUUCUCCCCCCCAGACCUCCGUGGGGCCAAGGCCGGCGUCCCCCGCACCCUGUCCCGCUCCCUCUCCCACGAGGCCCAGAGGGGCUGAGGGUGACGGAGGGGCUGGGGGGGGGUCAGGAGUGGGGGGGUUGAUGAUGGGGGGCAGCGGGGGGGACCCGGACACCUGGGUCUUCUCAGCCACCCUGAAAAGGCAGCGCAGGAAGGUGGGGGAAGGUGAGGGUGGGCUCCCUCCUGGGGACCCCACCCAGCAGUGGAUGCCAAGGAGGCUGGUGGGGAUGGGAUGAGUGCGGCUGGGGGGGUCCCGGCAGCACCGAGUGUGACUCAGUUUCCCUGGCAAAAAGAAGGGGGUGCAAGGAUGGGGAGAGCUGAGACACCCCCCCGGGGCCGAGCCAGGCACUGGGGGGGGCUGUGGAAGGGCAGGGAGGGCUGUGGGGUUGGACAAACCAUGGGCUUUGUAUGGCAAUAAAGUGCCCAGCCUGGC